CGGGAGGGCUAAACAUGAGAUUAUGACAGAGGGGUUGCAUUCAUAAUCCGACCGACGAUUGCCGUGUUUUAUUUUGAUAUUGCAGUGGAGGGGUGUAUGACGACUAGCACAGAAAAUACUUGUACCUCUAUAAGGUAGCGAGGGAAGUGAAAGUAGGAGGGGGGGCGGUGUUGGAUUUAGAGAAGGAAAACAAUAUGGCCGCAGUGGAGUUAGAAUGGAUCCCAGAAACACUGUACAACACUGCUAUAUCAGCAGUGGUGGACAAUUACAGUCGAUCGCGAAGAGACAUUCGGUCUCUUCCUGAAAACAUACAGUUUGAUGUAUAUUACAAGCUUUACCAGCAGGGCCGGCUUUGCCAGCUGGGAGGGGAGUUCUGUGAGCUGGAGGUCUUCGCCAAAGUCCUACGCGCUUCUGACAAAAGACACCUCCUACACCACUGCUUCCAGGCGUUGAUGGACCAUGGCGUUAAAGUGGCCUCAGUUUUGGCCAACUCCUUCAGCCGUCGGUGCUCUUACAUCGCCGAAUCCGACGCCCAUGUCAAAGAAAAAGCCAUUCAGUUUGGCUUUGUUUUAGGUGGCUUCCUGUCGGAUGCUGGUUGGUAUGGUGAUGCGGAGAAAGUCUUUCUGUCCUGUCUCCAGCUUUGUACACUCCACGAUGAAGUCCUGCAUUGGUAUCGGGCCGUGGAAUGCUGUGUGAGGUUGCUCCACGUCCGUAAUGGCAAUUGCAAGUACCACCUGGGAGAGGAGACGUUCAAACUGGCCCAGUCUUACAUGGACAAACUCGCCAAACACGGCCAUCAGGCCAACAAAGCGGCUCUCUACGGAGAGCUGUGCGCACUGCUCUUUGCGAAAAGCCACUAUGACGAGGCGUACAGGUGGUGUAUAGAGGCCAUGAAGGAGAUAACCGUCGGCCUGCCGGUCAAAGUGGUGGUGGAUGUCCUCAGACAAGCCUCCAAGGUAGCAUGUGUUGUGAAACGGGAGUUCCGGAAGGCCGAACAACUCAUAAAACAUGCAGUAUUUCUGGCAAGGGAACACUUUGGACACAAGCACCCAAAGUACUCUGACACCUUACUAGACUAUGGGUUCUACUUACUUAAUGUAGACAAUAUAUGUCAAUCAGUCGCUAUUUACCAGACCGCCCUUGAUAUUCGGCAAUCUGUGUUCGGAGGGAAGAAUAUCCAUGUAGCCACAGCACAUGAGGAUCUAGCAUACUCCUCAUAUGUGCAUCAGUACAGCUCUGGUAAAUUCGACAAUGCACUAUUCCACGCAGAACGUGCCAUAGACAUCAUAACUCACAUUCUCCCAGAGGACCAUCUGCUGCUGGCCUCGUCCAAAAGGGUGAAAGCUCUCAUCCUGGAGGAGAUAGCCAUUGACUGCCAUAACAAAGAGACGGAGGAGAGGCUACUGCAGGAGGCUCACGACCUGCACCUCUCCUCCCUCCAGCUGGCCAAAAAGGCCUUCGGGGAGUUCAAUGUCCAGACAGCCAAACACUACGGCAACCUGGGCCGCCUCUACCAGUCCAUGCGCAAGUUCAAGGAGGCGGAGGAGAUGCACAUCAAGGCCAUCCAAAUCAAGGAGCAGCUCCUGGGGCAGGAGGACUACGAGGUGGCGCUGUCCGUGGGGCACCUGGCGUCCCUCUACAACUACGACAUGAACCAGUACGAGGACGCCGAGCGCCUCUACCUGCGCUCCAUCGCCAUCGGCAAGAAGCUGUUCGGGGAGGGCUACAGUGGACUGGAGUAUGACUACCGGGGUCUGAUCAAACUGUACAACUCGGUGGGCAACUACGAGAAGGUGUUUGAGUACCACAACAUACUAUCCAACUGGAACCGCUUGAGGGACAGGCAGUUUGCGGUGGCGGACGCGCUCGAGGACGUCAACACCAGCCCCCAGGCCACCGACGAGGUGGUGCAGUCUUUCCUGCUGUCGCAGAGCCACGGGGCCAGCCACCCCUGUUAGGGGGGCCUGACGGCGUCCGGAGACGCACACUCAAACCCACACACACACGCACACACACACACGAAAACACACAAACGGUCAUUCAGCAGGAUCACUCAAAUACACAAUCGCGUGUGUGCUUUGUGCACACACACCAACACACACACACACACACACACACACAUUACAGUUUGAUACAUACUUGCACUCACGUGGUUCACCAUUGACUCGUUUGGCGUCGGGCGUCUGGUCACCCACACGGAUUUCGCUGGAGCUGCAGUGGAACCUGGUGCUAUCAGGGGAGCCUCCUCCUCUGGCCUGAGACCCCGAGGCUCUCCAUACCAGUCAGCCAGCCUGCACCAGCCGACCCCCCCCAACAACCACCAUCACCACCACAGACCACCACAGACCACCACCAAACCACCACAGACCACCACGGGCCUGUCUGCAGCUCUGGGCUCUGAAGAGGGCCCAGUUGGGAUCAAAUCGGCCUGCCGUCUGGUUCAGGUUCUCUGAAUGGAGCAAAAACCCAAUCCGAGGAGAUUUGCGAUUUUAUCUGACUUCUGCAAACGUGAGAGGAAGAGGAGGAUAUGACGAGGAAAAAAAUGGAGAUGAAAAGGACAGAAAUGACAAAAAAAAAGAUAACCCAAGCCCAGUGUAGACUUGUGGCCCUCCUUUUAAUUGUAUAAUGCCCUGUAAGUUUUUUGUUUUUUCCUUUUUUUUUUUCUCCUGUGUUUAUUUUAUCUGUUGUACCUGAACAUUUGAGUUGCUUCACGCGUCAUGGGAAUUCAGUGUCCACGGUGUUCCCACGCUCCCACCCACUCCCCCUGCGCGUGUGCGCCGUGUCUAGGGUUGGAUCCAGCAUGUCCUAACAGCCCUCCAGAAACUGGUCGGGCUCUGUGUGUCCACAGAAAGUGCCAGAAAGAGCCCCGCGCUCUCCUUUCCUCCCAUAACGAUGAGUGAAGGAAUACCCACGGUAAUGACGACUUGCUGACCUGGGGGGAAAAUACAAAGGAAAGACAAACACGGAAAAGAAAACAACUUUUCUGUCACUCUAAGGUCAGACCUUAGACAUACACGCAAGGCCCAUUACUGCUUCUGAUGGGACCACAAUGUGUCUUCUGUCACAAGAGAAUUCUAUGGACCAGAGGGUUAUACUAAUGUUUUGGAUGCAAACAUGUUCUGAAAGUUUUCAGUUUUAUUAUUAUUAUUAUUAUUAUUAUUAUUAUAUUAUUAUUUCUUUUUUUGUAUUCACUGACAUGUUUAAGUAGACACCUAGUUUAAUUUAAAUGCCAAUAAUUUAUAUGCAAAGCGUGCUAUAACUUUUAGAUUUAACAUUGCAUAUAGAUGAGCCAAAUGGAGGUCUUUGGACUUGGAUGGGAGCAGUCAGCUGCUGGCUCUGGCCGUAGUGGGGUCCAGGGGCCGUGGCGAUCAGGGCACAGGUCUACACGAGGAGGGGGAGACCAUAUUGCUCAGAGAGCUCUCUGAGCUGUGUCUCCUACCCGUCGCCGCAUCAACUGUAGGGGCGAGCGGGCUUUUCUUCAAAGCGGUCAUCAUCAUCAUCCAUUCAGACCUUUUAUCCACCACCCUCCCCUCGAUGGAAUUGCUUUCAUGGAGCCGUCCUCCCUGGCUCACAGCCAGCUGUCAGGGGACCAUGUAGGAAAGAGCUGACGGGUGCACCUGCUUUUGUAAAGGGGGCUCACCCCCCAGGGCGAGGGAGAGUGGGAAUGGGAGGGGGGGGGGGGGUAUUAUGUAAGAUGUGUGCCCAUGCAUGCAGAGCAUUUACGAUUGUGAGGGGUACAAUAGGUCACCCACCACCUAAUCCUGUAUAAGGACCCACCCAUGGUCCUUGCGGGACACGGAUCUGGAAGUUGUUGGAGCAGUUGAGCAACAUGGUGUCUCCCUCCUUUUCUGGCCGGCCCUCCACCCCAUUUUGUUACGCUUUUUUCCCCCCAAAGAUUGGCUCUCGGUAAAAAAAAAAAAAAGGCUUUGCAAAGUUGAGUUUACAAGAUUAUAAUUGCCUGCUUCUAACAAGCUGAAUCACAGCACUGAAGAGAAUUGUUAACACAGUGUCCAGGACUACGGUUACAAACUGUUUUAAAAAGAAAAAGUGAUUUGAAGUUACAGUACAUGCUAUGUUUUCGUCUAGGUAUCACAUUGUUUCUCCCGUAAGUGGUAGUGCACCAUGUUGUCUUCAGUCGUGUCACCUAUUUUGUUUUUUUCCACCCUCCUCUCUUUUUUUAGUUAUUGUUAAGACGCUGAACCGUGCCCUGGCUUCAGCGCAGCGGCGGAACGUAUUUUUUGACAUGCUGUGGGUGUUGAUCUCUCACGGUAGUGAGUGUCGGACGUGCAGAUCUUUACCCCAGCUGGUUCUCGUGACACCGGGGGGCCCCGGCUCUAGCUGAAGUCCAAGCCUUAGCCUUAAAGGACGCUCAGCUAGUGGUGCUUUGGCUCUCAGCAGCCUUUCUUUCGACUUCGUUCUCUCUCUUUUUUUUGUUGCUUUUUGCUUCCUCUCGAAUCCCUAACCGAGCCGACUGCUGUUGGUAGUUAUCACAGGCACAGCGGAGGCUUUUUUCGCCUGGCUUAGACGAUCCUCCCGAUCGUCUUGGCAGCGUGCAAGUUCCUGUUUGUGAGUCAGUUUAGGCGGAGACACAAACGCAACACCAUUACAGACACACACACACACACUCAACACUCACACACAUCCCCGAGAACGGAGAGAACCCUGAAUGGCAGGAAAUGAGAGGUGUGUUUUUGGCAAAGUGACCCAAGCUUGUACAGAUGAGUGGGAAAAGGGAAUCACAGGACAGAGGGAGGGGAUGUGAGGGAACAGGAGGAUUGCCUUGCGUAGAGAAAAACAAAGCAGAAUUAAGUUGGGUCAAGUGGAACAUUUAUAAAUAAAAGCUGUGAUAUCGGAAAAAACAACGCUGAAAGUGCAUUUCCAUUUUAUUGACCUUUAGCAGAGUAAAAUCAUUGGAUGUGACAGUGUAAUAAUAAAAAAUAUAGAUAUCAUUAAGCUUGACAGACAAGGUCACUUAAUUUCACACCACCACCACCAGCUCUACUCCCUGGGUAGCCAGUGUAAUCCACAUAUAGCACUGACACAAAAUACAAGAUCACUUUUCAUUGAUGGUCCCUCAUCACUUGCAAAUGUGACACACCCAUAUGAAUUUCACAAAUGUGUGAAGAAAACACACAAAAAAAUGUAGUUCUGAAUGAAUGCUUUCUUGCGAAUGUUGAUUUAAGGGCUCUUUUUUUAUUUUGAUUUAGACUUUUUUUUACCUCAAGUGGUAUUUCUUUGCUUUGGGUUUUUAUUAUUAUUAUUGGCGAUUAAUUCCAUUGGUUUGUGUGUGGGUUGUACAUUAAGGGCCUAAACGUAUGUGUGGGUUACAGCAGCAUCCAAAAUGGUAAAUAACCUGAAGUCCUCCAAUGAAGUUUCCCCCCCAUGUCAGUGUUCUCACGCAAAGAAUAGCUGGCCUUUAAUUGCAUGUUUUGAGUAAUUCUAUGUAGAUAUAGGUAUAGAUAUAGAUGCUAAAGAUUACUGCACUGGUGAACUUUACAAUAACGUACAUGCUAGAAGGACCAGCUUCUGUAUAGAUAUGACACCUGUAAGUAUGAUUAUAUGGAAAAAAGUGAAAUUUUGUGCCUCUGAAAUCAAAACGGAAUUACAUCCCAAAAUGAACUUGUCAGAGAAUUUAAAAAAUGGAAUUGUCCAUUCACUUAUAUCAACACUGUGGGAUGCUUGAGAGUGAUGUGUUAACAAUGGUGGAAUAUGACUUGUGACUGUUGUACAUUGUAUGGGUGUACCGAGCGGACGCUGAAGCUGUUCCACAGCAAGAGUUGAAGCAAUGUUACUAAUAAAUACUGGUUUCUACA